AUGGAUGCCGCUGCUCUCUGGUGCAACAUCUGCCCAAAGCAGCCCCAUUUCAGUGAUGUGUCCCAUCUGUUGACCCAUGUGUCCUCCAAAGCUCAUCUGGCCCAUUACUUCAAGCUACAGGUCAGAAGCCAUCAAGAGCCCGAAGCUCGUGACGCAUUGGACGAAUAUGACCAAUGGUACAAGAUAAACAAUCUCGCCAAGCUCUUGUCCGACCGCAUGGCUUCGAAAGAAGCUCGAAAACGACGAAGUUCAGGAAAACCUGCUGCUAACGGUCGGACGUCCGCCACAACGGUCCCAGACCCGAAUCCAACUUCGGGCAUUGAUGCUCUACGAACCGAGCCUCCAGAGCCAGAUCUACUCGGUGACUUCCUGGAUCCUCGUCUCUGUCAGCCCCAUUCCGGCACGAGCCAGGACAUGACAGACAGAAACGGCUCUUUAUUGAAUGGUCCUGUUGCUACAAUGGGAGGACCGGCAUCGGAUGCUCAGGGGUUAUUCUGGCCCUCUUGUCCUCCAUCUUCAGCAACAAAAAUACCCACUUAUCCGUGGAAAACGGAGUCUGAAGACGACUCCGAACAUGAGGCCAAGACGGUCUUACACACCACUCCGGCCUAUUCGAACCGGGUUGGCAUUGCCAACUCACUGCCCCAAACACCGCCUAGGGCAAUAACCUCAGACCCCUUCAUUGACGACAAGAAAAGCUGCGACGGUGAUUCAUAUGGUGGAGUCGUGGACCAGGAGAAGGCUGAUGAGAUGACAAGACUGAAGGGGGUCUUAUGGCCGGGGAUGGAUAUCUUUGAUUCAGCAACAGAACAGAUGAGGCGACAACGCAAUCAAAAGAAGGAUGGAAAUAUCAUCAAGAUGAUGGAGAAGACCUCUGAGGGCAUCGAGCCGACGGAGCUGGUCUUUUCCCCGACUGGCAUCUUGCGGAAACAGCGCGUGAUUUCAGGCAACGUUGAGGAUAGCAGUCCGUUGAAGGGAGAGACUCCUAUUCCCAAACGCCGUGCGGUCCGUGCCAAACGUGCCCCGUUAUCACAGUCAGACCCAAACCGUCGGAUCGAUCAAGAUAAGAAGAAAUCCAAGAAGAGUCGUCGGCGAUCGAAACAGUCGCUUGAGGAACUGUCGAGACGGACGUUGCCCACGUCAGACAGCCCUGUAUCAACUCGAUUGUUUGAUCGCCCCCAUGGAUACGGUCAUUCGAUUACUGAUUUCGAUGAAGAGUUCGGAUUGUCAUUGGAAGGGAUUGACCAGAAGCCUCGCUCUGGUUUCCAGAUCUUCAAAGAUGAUGACAAUGAAGAACCGAAGCUGGGAACGAACGACGAUAUCCUGGGAGCAGAAGGGAAGUCGCCUUCGCCGGCCCCUCCUCACCCCUCCUGCCGCCCAUCGGGAUCGGUUUCUUUCAUCCCCUCUCAUAAAUUCGGUUACAGAGGCCAUGCUUCCAACAAAAUCCCGAGCGCAAGCCACUCGUCCAAUGACCAAGAGAACAUUGAGCCCGUUUUGAACCGCCAUGGUCGAAACGAUCCUCACCCGGACGCCGGAAACAUUUGGGACACUCCAGGGCGAGGCGAAGACGGAUGUCAUCCCUUGUACUAUUCUUUUGGUGACGGUUGCUACAUUGACUUUGAUCCUUUUGGUGGAAGUGAUAUGUUCGGCUAUACCAGGAACCCAUUGGCCGCUUCGCGCCCUUUUCUACAACAAUAUCACCACGAUCAGUCCCACGGCUCAGGUGCAAGAACCCGCCGUGACAGUCCUAGCAAAAGCCGUGCCCUUUCGGAUGACGCCACAAUCUCCGACAUGGAUCAGGAGGAUCAUGGACGCCUCUAUUUUGACGGGAGCUUCGCCUAA